CAUUUGGGAUUCAGCCCCUAUUUCCGUCUCAGUGUCCUUGGCAGGAGAGAGCAGGAGAUAAUGUUUCGAACCAUUGCGGCACUUCAUCAGCUGUCCCGGCGGACGCUAACUGGCAGUGCUCGCAGACCGGUGGAGAAUAAAGUGCCACAGAAGCAAAAGCUCUUCCAGGAGAAUAACGGUAUUCCAGUUCAUUUGAAGGGUGGUGCUGGUGAUGCCAUCCUCUACCGCACUACAAUGGGCCUCACCAUCUUGGGAACUGCCUUUGUAAUAUAUGAGCUGGUCAAAGCAGCGCUCCCACAGAAAAGGGAAUAAAAACUCCUGGAUUUAUUUCUGCUGAAAUGCCCAUGUAUAUGUUGUAAGGAGUUUAAAGCCUGUAAUAUUUAUUCUUUUGCAUAAUGGGACCAACCUACAAGUAUGUAGCUCUGGACAAUAAAAUCUGCUUCCCAUGA